GUUCAGGCAUCUUUUCAAUGCUCUAUGGACGUCAUCUAGAUGCGACACAGGGCCCGUUUUCACUCACAUGUUUGCAUUCCUAAGGUGAAGAAAUUUAGGCAAGUAAUUGUAGAUUUGAUAGUGUUUGAUCGAUAAUCCACAGUGGUUGUCCAGAAUGAGCUCUCAGAUCACGUGUGUUGGAUGGGUCAGGCGAGGCGUUGCUAAGGAAACUCCAGACAAGGUUGAGUUGAGCCAAGAGGAGCUUCAGCGCAUCAUUACUGAAGCAAAAGAAGAACUGGGGGAACUAGCAGCUGAUGAUGAAGAAGAGGAUGAUGAGGCUCCUGAUCAGAAUCCUAAUAAUGUUACAGCUGAUGUUCCUGAAGGUCCAACAGAUGAGGGUGAAAAGGGACAGGAGGAGGAGGAGGAGGAUGAGCUAGCAGAAUACGGACUGGAUAAAUAUGAUGAAGAGGAUACAGUGACCACUAAUCUUGGUGACAGUCUGGCGGGACUCACAGUGUUCAGCUCUAACGAGGAGGAUCCUUACGUCACUCUCAAAGAUACAGACCAUUAUGAAAGAGAAGACUUCCAAAUCAAGCCCAGUGACAAUCUCAUCCUGGCAGGGAGGGCAGAUAAGGACUGCUGCAACUUGGAGAUCUUUAUUUAUAACUCAGAGGAAGACUCUCUAUAUGUUCAUCAUGACAUUCUGCUGCCAGCUUACCCACUGUGUGUGGAGUGGCUGAACUUUGACCCGAGUCCCGGAGAAGGACCUGCCAGCUACGUUGCUGUGGGCAACAUGACCCCUCAGAUUGAUGUGUGGGACCUGGAUGUGGUGGACUGUUUAGAGCCCGUCUUCUCUCUGGGCAGUAAAAAAGCUUCCAAGAAGAAAAAGAAAAGCAAGAAGGGGGCAGCAGCAGAGCCUGUCGAGGGGCAUACUGAUGCAGUGCUGGAUUUAUCCUGGAACAAACUGGUCAGGAAUGUGUUGGCCAGUGGAUCAGCAGAUAACACAGUCAACUUGUGGGAUCUGUCUCAAGGCAAACCAGCUACAACUCUGUGCAGGCACACUGAUAAGGUUCAGACAUUAUCAUUCCACCCGUUUGAGGCACAGACUCUUAUAUCAGGAUCAUAUGACAAGACAGCUAACUUGUAUGACUGCCGUAGUCCAGACAACAACUAUCGGACCUGGAGGUUUAGUGGUCAAGUGGAGCGUCUGGCCUGGAACCACUUUUCACCCUGCAACUUUCAGGCCAGCACAGAGGAUGGUUUUGUCUACUGUUUGGAUGCACGCUCAGAUAAACCUGUUUUCACACUGAGGGCACAUGAUGAAGAAGUUUCAGGUUUGGAGCUUAGCAGUCAAAUAAAAGGAUGUCUGGUCACCUCAUCAACUGACAAACAUGUGAAGAUAUGGGACAUUUUGGGCAACAAACCUAGCCUGGUGUACUCGCGGGAUAUGAAGAUGGGUGUUCUGUUCUGUGCUUCAUGUUGCCCUGAUCUGCCCUUCGUCUAUGCAUUUGGGGGCCAGAAGGGUGGCUUGCGGGUUUGGGAUAUAAGUGACACUGCAGCAGUUGCUGAGGUGUUUGGCAGUCGAGAGUGCUUGGUGGUGAAUACAGGAUCGCAAGCAUCCAGUAGUGCAGCCUCAGCAGAGAUGGAAGUUUCUUAGUUAUUCUCUGGAUGCAACAAUAAUGUCUAAAUAUGAAAACCUGAGCUUCGCUGGAAACAAGCUGCUCUGCUUGUUCCUGUAUCUUAUGGUGCAGCGCUUUGUAUGAUGGAAAUAGGACUGGAAUUAAGCCGCAUACAUGUGAGACCUGCCCAGAGUGCAAACUGGGCCUGAAGCACUAAAAAAGUUUGUUCUGUUUCUUAUGACAAAUACCAACAGAUAAAAAUAUCUUUUAUAUUCAUAUUAGUGAAUAUUUCCUUAUUUUUGAGUUAUCGGCUAAAGAAGUGAAUCAGAUAUUUGAAUUACUACAUUGUAAUUACUUAUGAUCCCUUUUGGUUUAUCUUUCUUUGUACAGGUACAUAUUAAUAGAAGCCAGUAUUUAAAAAAAAUCUGUAUACAAACAGACUUUUUAAUAAUGCUAUGAAUUCAGUAAAUAAAUACAGUUUAUAAAAUGUGUAAACCUUUGUUUCCUCUGAUUCUCCAGCUCCUACAAAGUCUGUACUGUCUUCUUGCAUCAUCUUCUUGCACUUUUCUUUUAGUUGCUGAGGUGUUUGGCAGUCGAGAGUGCUUGGUGGUGAAUACAGGAUUGCAAGCAUCCAGUAGUGCAGCCUCAGCAGAGAUGGAAGUCUCUUAGUUAUUCUCUGGAUGCAACAAUAAUGAGCAGACAAAUUCAUGAACUUUGCAGCUUCUGAUGUGUUGGUAGUUAACAUUGUGAUUCACUUUGCUGUCUGAUUUGUAAAGUUGUCACUACAUAAACAGAUAAAACUGAACAGAAUAUUGUCUUCUGGUUUCUCAUAGCAGAUGUUUUAAUCUAGGUUUAUCUUUAUAUCACACAGCAAAUACUGUCAAAUAAUGUUUUUUAUUCUGAAAAACAAAUGAUUAAAAAAACAUUAUUGAGUGU